AUGAUUUUGCAUUUCUGGGUAGGGGGCGCGUGUGAGGCGCACACGCACCGCAUUCGCGGCUGUCAGUCACUGGCUCCCGGCUGCUUGUGCACACAGCACAGCCAUGCAAAACAGUGUGCUUACAGUGAAGCACACAGACACAGCCCCAUAGUAAAACACACCCAGCACACAGUUAACCCUUUGAUUGCCCCAGAUGUUAACCCCUUCCUGCCCAGUGCCAUUAGUACAGUGUCAGUGCUUUCUAUUAGCACUGAUCACUGUAUUGUUGUCACUGGGGAUGUCAGUGACACCAAGUCAGCUCCUCCCAGUGUC